GGGCAGCUCCGCCCCGCGCGGUGUGGGGGCGCAGCGCGCAGGCGCGGGCGGGCCGCUGCAGCUGCGCCAUGGCGAGCGGGGUUAUUAAAUGCAAGGCUGCCGUUGCCUGGGAGGCAGGUAAACCCCUCUCUCUUGAAGAGGUGGAGGUUGCUCCACCAAAAGCUCAUGAAGUUCGUAUCAAGAUAGUUGCCACUGCUGUCUGUCACACUGAUGCCUAUACUUUGAGUGGCGCUGAUCCUGAAGGAUGUUUCCCUGUGAUCUUGGGUCACGAAGGAGCAGGAAUUGUAGAGAGUGUUGGGGAAGGAGUUACAAAAGUAAAGCCAGGGGACACUGUUAUCCCUCUAUACAUCCCCCAGUGCAAAGAGUGCAAGUUCUGUAAGAAUCCUAAAACAAAUCUGUGCCAGAAGAUAAGAAUUACUCAAGGGAAAGGACUCAUGCCUGAUGGUACCAGCAGAUUCACCUGCAAAGGAAAGCAGGUGUUCCACUUCAUGGGAACCAGUACCUUCUCGGAGUAUACUGUGGUGGCUGAUAUCUCAGUAGCCAAGAUAGAUGCUGCAGCACCACUCGAUAAAGUGUGCCUGCUUGGUUGUGGAAUCUCUACUGGCUAUGGGGCUGCUGUUAACACUGCUAAGGUGGAACCUGGCUCUACUUGUGCUGUCUUUGGUUUAGGAGGAGUUGGGCUAGCUGUUAUUAUGGGCUGUAAAAUAGCAGGAGCAUCCCGGAUCAUUGGCAUUGAUAUUAAGAAGGAUAAGUUUGCCAAAGCCAAAGAGUUUGGAGCUACUGAGUGCAUUAGCCCUGAAGACUUCAAGAAGCCCAUACAGGAGGUGCUGGUUGAGAUGACCGAUGGUGGCGUAGACUACUCAUUUGAGUGCAUUGGUAAUGUUGGAGUCAUGAGGGCUGCCUUGGAAGCCUGCCACAAAGGUUGGGGAGUCAGCGUCAUAGUUGGAGUAGCUGCUGCCGGUCAGGAGAUUUCCACACGGCCUUUCCAGCUGGUAACUGGGCGGACAUGGAAAGGAACUGCGUUUGGAGGCUGGAAGAGUGUAGACAGCGUUCCAAAACUGGUGACUGACUACAUGUCCAAAAAGAUCAAGGUUGAUGAAUUUGUGACUCACACCCUGCCUUUUAACAAAAUUAACGAGGCUUUUGAGCUGAUGCAUACAGGAAAGAGCAUUCGAACUGUCCUGAAGCUUUAAAGCCAAAUGCAGACUUUCCAGCUGGCCAACAACGUGGUAACUGUCCUCUUACAAUGGAAUUCUGAUAGAAGCUAGAACCAAGCCAAUAAAUAAACACUGACUGGGACUAAGAAGAUCAUGUAUUUAGGGUGCACAUUCUGAAUACUGCAUAACAAUCAGUAACCACUAAGUAGUGUUACAUAAUUAGCACUGGUCGUGGAACUCUUACUUCUGUACUUGUUCUUCAGUUCAAGAGUGCCUAACUCCAUCUACUUAAUAAAAGCUUAUUUCUAAACAA